AUGAGUUUAGUCUCUCAGCAGCAACUAUUGCAAAACCAGCUACAGUUAAAGCAAUUGGAGAACCAAAGAAACAAACAGGUGCAGCAAUCGAAGUCUAUUGUCUCAUCCUCUUCUACCAAUGCUCCUCCAACGAGUCUGACUCGUCAGCAGUUCUCUGCUUCAAGCUCAAAUUUGAACUCUUCAAUUGAUAACAAUGACCAGACUAAUUCAACGGUGAGACCUGAUAUACCUCCUAUUCCACAACAGGUUCUUGAAGAUCCACUCUCGAUAACUAUUCCAACCCAUGCAAACCCAACAGAUAUACUUGCUGCACGGUUUAACUCGUGGAGGAUCAUCAUUUCAGCGUUAUCCCAUUAUCUAAAGGAAACUUCAUCUGUUCAUGAAGAAAUCACUAGGCAGCAAAUACGUUUACACCACGCAAUCAGCUUCCCCUUUUUGACGCAAGGAUUGGAUGGAGAGUUCUACCAACCAAUGCAAGUUUCCAAUCAACAGGGGCAUGAUAACACAACCACUUAUAGUCUUUUCCAUUCUUCUAGAGAGAAUGCCAAUGCCAACAGUUUAGGUGAUGGCGGCAGUAUCGAUCAGAAAAAUGAAUUCGAUUUAGCUAGAAAGUUCUUCUUACCCUUAGGUUCGGGCUCAAUUCAAGACUUACCAACAGUUCUUUAUCAAUACCAUUCAAAUGCUGCUUUAUUAUCCCAGUCCACAGUCAAAGAAUUAAAUGCAACAAUUAUCCCGAGAUUGGAAGACUUGAAAAGGGAUCUGUUGGUAAAAAUCAAGGAAAUCAAAUCCUUACAAAGUGAUUUUAAGAAUCAGGUUGAUAGAUACCAGGCUGAUACUUCAAAGCUUUUAUCAACCUAUAUACGGUCUAUUGAGGCUGCCAAAAUGGAUUCAUCCCAAUUAGAUCCUAAAAACGAUCCUUAUCUAAUUCGUAUUGCCUUGGAACGUUCCAUUAGACGCCAACUAACAGAAGAGAAUUACCUCCAUGAAGCUUUCAUAAACAUACAGACCUCUGGCAAGGAAUUGGAAAAGGUUGUUUACAUUGAACUACAGACAGCUUUAACUGUUUACGCUAAAUUAUUGGGCCAACAAGCUCAAAACGUGUUUGAUUGUUUAAUCUCCAAAUUAGACUCUACAAUUCUAACGAAGGAACCCUCCUUGGAAUGGGAUUCUUUUAUUGAUAGAGAUAAGAAAAAUUUCAUUGAGCUGGAUUUGCCAAUGAGGAAAAUUUCAGAGGUCAAGUUCAAGUACCAGAAUGAUCCUUUAACUUACGAAAUUAGAUCCGGCUGGUUAGAGAGGAAGUCCAAAUUUUUAAAAUCUUAUCAACGUGCCUGGUAUGUUUUAACUCCGUGCUAUCUACAUGAGUUUAAAUCAUCCGAUCGCCGUAAAGAUCCAAUUCCAGAAAAAUCAUAUUUAUUGAGUGAACUGUCCGUUAAUGAGCAUUCUCGUAGAGAUGAUAAAAAUCCAAAUUCUUUUCAUAAGUUUGUUGUUAUGUAUGGGCAAAGUCGAGGUCUACUAAGUAAAGGACACAACUUGGUUUUUAGAGCCGAAGGUUAUGAUGCAAUGAUGUCUUGGUUUAACGACAUUAAGAAGUUGACCCAGAUGUCAGGCCCAGUCCAACGUUCUCAGUUGGGCUCUGAAAGAAGAAAAAGCUAUCGUUCUUCAAUCAAUGGUGGGGAUCUUUCAACCACCGCUAGUAUUUUAUCCAAAAACAGAAAAAGGGGCGUCAGUUCAGCAACAGCAUUGACAGCAACUACUGCCACAGGGACAGGAAUAGGUAAUUAUAACAGUAAUGGAAAUGAUACGGACUUUACCUCAAUUGUAGAAGAACCUCGGGUUAAACCAAAUAGAGAGUCGAGCAAGAGAAGUUCUUUAGAUGUCAAGGAAACUAGCUUAUCUCGUCAACACACUAGAACAUCAUCAAUUAACAUGGGGUUACCAGAUAAUAAUGAUAUCGUUGUCAUGCCUGUGAAACCAGAAUACGAUGCUAGGAGACAAUCCAUUAUCAACGAGGAACCAUCUAUAGAAUUGGGUGUUUCAAAGUCCUCACCAAAUAUUGAUGCUUCUCCCUCUUUAGUUGAACAGCAGCAACUCUUGCUUCAGCAGCAAGCUUUGCUCGAGAAGAAGCAACGUCAGCUACUCGAAGAACAAAGGGAGUUGCAGCAGCGUGCAUUCAGUUUAACUUCGUCAAUGCAACAACAACAGCAACACCAGCAUUCCCUUAGUAUGAAGUCGGAAAAUCAUGAACCUGAGAAUUUAUCUGAAAAAGUGGGGGAAAUAACGUUGGAUUCUACACAUUCUUGA